AUGGGAAUGCAGAGCGUGGCUGUGGCUUGUGGGGCACUGACCUUGUGCCUGGCACUCACCACCGCCACCAACCCCGGCUUUGUGGUGAGGAUCACCCAGACAGGCUUGGACUACGCCCAACAGCAGGGGAUUGCAAUCCUGGAGAAAGAGCUGGCCCAGCUGAAGCUGCCAAACAUCUCGGGUAAAUCAGGGGAGUUGCACUAUUCGCUCUCCAGGCUGCGCAUUCCCACUUUCCGCUUGCCACACUCACGGAUUACCCCAAUCUCCAACGUGGGCCUGCAGGUCUCCAUCUCCAAUGCCUCUGUUGAGCUGAAUGGGGACUGCUGGGUGAACAGGGGGCCUGGAUCUUUUGACCUGAAGGUAGAAAAUAUCUCAAUCAAAUUUAUCCUGAGACUGGGCAGUGACACCACUGGGAAGCCCACCAUCAGCACCUCAGACUGCAGUGCCCGUGCCUCCAAAGUUGGGUUGCAUUUUUCAGGCAAGCUUGCGUGGUUUUACAACAUAUUCAAGAAGGGUAAUAAGUCCCUGUUGCAGAAGCAUUUAGAGACCAUGGUGUGUGACAACGUGGCUAAGUCUGUGCACAAUGAGCUCCAGACGUACAUCCGGACACUGCCAGUCACAGCCAGGAUAGAUGACAAGAUAGGGAUAAAUUACACCUUGGUGGCACCCCCAAGCGCUACUGCCCAGUACCUGGAUGCCGACCUGAAGGUGAGAGGCAGCCCUGGGAACCCUUGA